CAUGAUGGAGAAUCAGCCGCCCCUCACAUCACCGGAUGGAUCCAGUAAUGGGAACCCACCAGAGAGAUGUCUCCGGCCUCUGUAUUCCACACGAAAAGAUCACAACUAUGCAAAAAAUAGUCAGAAUAAACGCCUAAACUAUUGUGAAGUGAUAAUUAAAAAAGAGGUAAAAGAGGAGAAUGAAGAGGUUGGAAUUAUGAAGGACAUGGAUUGUUUAGAAGGACACAAGGAUCUCCGCAAUGAGAAUCAGCCGUCCCUUAUAUCACCGGAUGGACGAUAUGUCCGGAAUGUCGGGAAUAACUCGGAAGAAGAUCUUCUCCUAUCACCAUCUCCUAAUACAGAAGAUGACGGCAUCACACAAUGUUUUCCAGAAUUAAACCCCAUUUCUCCAUCCACACCCCAUGGACCGUGUCCUCUGGAGACAUCAACCGAUCCCUCCAAUCCUGAAGAACCUCCCGACCAAUCACGUACCGUUAAAUCAGACGUUCAUCUUAUCUUUUGCAGUGCGGAUACGUCUUCCAAUCCAUCUAAUUCCCAUGAAUCUUCUGUCAGCCAAAAGGAAACUCCCACAGAGCAGAGUUCUUUGUCAUGUUUAGUGUGCGGGAUAUGUUUUAAGGCGAAAUCAGAACUUCUUCUGCAUCUCAGAUCUCACACCAGCGUGUCUUUUGCAUGUUCUGAGUGCGGGAAAUCUUUCACUGACAAAGGAGCACUUGUUAUACACCAGAAAACUCACACAGGUGAGGAAAGUCCUUUCACGUGUUCGGAGUGCGGGAAAUGUUUUACUGAGAAAAGUGAACUUUUUACACACCAGAGAACUCACAGGGGUGGGAACCCUUAUUCCUGUACGGAGUGCGGCAAAUGCUUUACUCGAAAAAGAAAUCUUCGUAUACACCUGAGAAUUCACACGGGUGAGCGUCCUUUUUCAUGCACAGAGUGCGGGAAAUGUUUCAGUGAUAAAGGAAGUCUUCUUAGACACCUAAGAAUUCACACGGGUCAGCGUCCUUACUCAUGUCCAGAGUGCGGGAAAUACUUCAGUAAGAAAGGAGAACUCCUGAGCCAUCACAGAAUUCACACGGGUGAGCGUCCUUUUUCAUGUUCAGAGUGCGGGAAAUCUUUCACUCAGAAAGGAGGUCUUCAAAGACACCAGCGAAGUCACACGGGUGAACGUCCUUAUUCAUGUGUACAGUGCGGGAAAUCUUUCACUCAGAAAAUAAAUCUUCUUAGACACCAGAAAAGUCACACAGGAGAUCGUCCUUAUUCAUGUUCAGAGUGUGGGAAGUGUUUCAUUCGGAAAGGACAACUUCUUAUACACCAGAGAGUUCACACGGGUGAGCGUCCUUAUUCAUGUUUAGAGUGUGGGAAAUGUUUUACUCAGAAUGGAGAGUUUAUUAGACACCAGCAAAUUCACACAAAGCGUCCUUUUCUAUGUUCAGAGUGCGGGAAAUCUUACCCUGAUGUAACUUCACUACUCGCACAUCAGAGAAUUCAUGCGGGUGAGCAUCCUUUCUCAUGUUCAGAGUGCGGGAAAUGUUAUUCUCAGAAAUCAGACCUUCUUGUACACCAGAGAAUUCACACAGGUGAGCGACCUUAUUCAUGUCCAGAGUGCGGGAAAUGUUUCACUCAGAGAGGAAGCCUUCUUAGACACCGGGGAAGUCACACCGGCGAGCGUCCUUUUUCAUGUCCUGAGUGCGGAAAAUACUUUACUAACAAAGAAGGCCUCAUCAGACACCAAAGAAGUCACACAGGUGAACAUCCUUUCUCAUGUUCAGAGUGCGGGAAAAGUUUCAAUCAAAGAGGAAACCUCCUUACACACCAGAGAAGCCACAAGGGCGAGCGUCCUUAUUCGUGUUCAGAGUGUGGAAAAUGCUUCACUCGCAAAGAAAAACUUCUUUCACACCAUAGGAUUCACACAGGGGAUAAUCUUUUUCCGUGCCCUGUGUGCGGGAAAACUUUCACGGAGAGGUUUGCACUUCUUAGACACCAGAAAAGUCACACGGGCGAGCGCCCUUUCUCGUGCGCAGAGUGCGGGAAAUGUUACACUCGGAAAGCCGAACUUCUUAUACACCAGAGAAGUCACACAGGCGAGCGCCCUUUUUCUUGCGCAGAGUGCGGUAGAUGCUUCAGGCGGAAGAAAGAACUUAUUAGACACCAGAGAAUUCACACGGGCGAGUGCCCUUUUACCUGUUCAGAGUGCGGGAAGUCUUUCACUCAGAACGGAGACCUUCUUCGGCACCAGAAGAUCCAUACGGAAAAACGUCCACAUUCGUGCUCGGAGUGCGGGAAAUGUUUCUCUCAAAAGGGAGCGCUUGUUAAGCACCAGAGGAUUCACUCGGGAGAGCGUCCUUUUUCGUGUUCGUUGUGCGAGAAAUGUUUUACAAGUAAAGGAAACCUACUUAGACACCAGAGAACACAUACCUGCUGAUGAUGCUCCAUACAUCCCACAACUCUAUGGUAUCGGUUUUGAAAUGGGUCACGUGCCUCGAAGAGCGACAUGAAGCCAUUAUUUCGUAGACACUUCAGUGGUGAGAUCUUCUGCAGUUCCUAGUUCUCUUUCCACACAUCCCGGGGUAUCCCCAUUCUUCUUCAUACUAUAUUAUCAAAAGUAUUGGGACACCUGCCUUUACACGCACAUGAACUUUAAUGGCAUCCCAGUCUUAGU